GAAAAAGUUAUAGUUAAAGAGAAGAGAGUUUCUUUCUAUUUCUAAGCUUGGAAAAAGUCUACAGGAAAGAGAGAAGAGAUUGGCUAUGGCGAUACUGUUCGCGUUGGUGGCCAGGGGAUCGGUGGUGCUGGCGGAGUUCAGCGCCACAUCGACCAACGCUGGCGCCAUCUCUAGGCAAAUUAUUGAGAAGAUCCCUGGUAAUAACGAUUCCAACGUUUCUUACUCUCAGGAUCGAUACAUAUUCCACAUCAGGCGAACCGAUGGCCUCACCGUCCUCUGUAUGGCCGACGAAGGCGCCGGCCGGAGAAUACCCUUCGCGUUUCUCGAGGAUAUUCAUCAAAGAUUUGUGAGGACUUAUGGCCGUGCAGUUCAUUCAGCCCAGGCUUAUGGCAUGAACGAUGAAUUUUCGAGGGUUUUAAGCCAGCAGAUAGAAUACUACUCAAGUGAUCCAAAUGCCGAUAGGAUAAAUCGCCUUAAAGGUGAAAUGAGUCAGGUUCGAAAUGUCAUGAUAGAAAAUAUUGACAAGGUAUUAGAAAGAGGCGACCGCUUAGAGUUGCUAGUUGAUAAAACUGCUAAUAUGCAAGGAAACACUUUCAGAUUCAGAAAACAAGCUCGUCGUUUUAGAAGCGCUGUAUGGUGGAGAAAUGUAAAGCUCACGAUUGCUCUUAUAAUCCUUUUGCUAGUGGUUGCUUAUGUCGUAUUGGCUUUUGUCUGCCAUGGAGUUUUAUUACCGUCCUGUUUUUAGGGAGGGUGAGGAUGAAGCUAUGUCUGGAGAUAUCCUGUGCUUGACCCUCAACCUCUCUUUUUUCCCCCUCUUUUAACCCCUCUACUCCCUCUCUGGUAUAUGGUUUUGGUAUUCUUCAACCCGACAUUUUGUGGAAAACAGAUCGGUUUAUGUGAGUUUUAAGUCUGUUUUUGUGUGGGCAAUGUUGUGUAUUUUUCAUGAAUAUAUAUGAUCUGUGUCUCAGAUUGCAUCCUCCUAUGCUGAUUUAUAAAGUUGGCUUUAAUUAUAUUUAUAUAAAAAUAUAUUUAAAUGUUUA